AUGUGGGGCAAAACUUCCCAGAAGCAGUCAUGGAGGAACAGCAGUCAGACUCUUUCACCAUGCCUUAUCCAUAGGCUUGACUAUAUUGUGAUGAUGGUAAAGAGUAUCAAAGACACCACCAUGUUUUAUUCCAGGACUGGCAUGGAAGUCACAACUUUCAAGGCUGACCGGAAAGCAUUGUGUUUUGGAGACCAGAAAUUGAACCUCCAUGAGGUGGGAAAGGAAUUUGAACCCAAAGCUGCUCACCCAGUUCCUGGCUCCGUGGACAUAUGCCUGAUCACAGAGACACUUUUGGAGGAAGUGGUCCAGCACCUCAAAGCUUGUGAGGUUCCCAUUGAGGAGGGUGCGGUCCCCAGAACAGGGGCGAAGGUCAUUAUGUCCAUCUACUUCCGAGAUCCUGAUGGAAACCUGAUUGAGGUGUCCAACUAUAUCUCCUCAUGA